UGCAUGCGUUUCUUGUUUUGUAAUGUACAAUAUACUGGCGGUUCAUAUUUAUAUUUUAAGUGUAACUGGUGGGUGGGCUCAAAGAGAAGACGCCCCCCCUUCCACAGGAAGUAGUCCAAAACAUUUUAAAAAAUGAAUUUCUUUAAGUUCUUUCUUUAAUACUUUAAUAAUAUAUAUAUAUAUAUUAAAAAUCAUUUGAAGCUGGCCACUCAUUGCAACCGUGCUUGAAAAUUUGGUCCUAAUUACGAUUGCAAGAGGGUGAAAGUUGCGUGAGAAGAUCCAAGAGGGGACAGAGGGGGGCCAACGAGAGGAUGCCCAGGCGGAAAGCAACACGGGCGGCCUCCUCAGCAGCCUGGGAUGGCAACGGCACUGGCACCGCUCGCAAGCGGCCUGCCUUGCCUCGGGGGGCACCUCUGGCAGCCAAGAAGAAAAGCUGCGAUGGAGGCGGCAACAGCAGCAGCAACGGAGGAGAGGGCAGCAGCGGUGAUGAGCACGAUGGGCUGGCAUUGCCUCCCCCCAUGGCCACCCCCACAGCAGCAGGAGGAGGGGGCAAGAAAACAGGACGGGCCGGAGGAGGGCGGGGGGGCGGGGAGCACCAGCCCCCCCAGAACCAGCAGUCCCCCCAGAACGCCGUGGUGGUCAGCGAACCAGAACACAGCAAGGAGCGCAUUAAACUCGAAGGUUCCAAAUUCAAGGGGCAGCUUCUGAUAUUUGGAGCCACCAACUGGGACUUGAUUGGUCGCAAAGAAGUGCCUAAACAGCAAGCUGCUUACCGGAACCUAGGCCAGAACUUGUGGGGGCCCCACAGAUACGGCUGCCUCUCAGGGGUCCAAGUCCGGACGGUGGUCUCAGGACCCUGUGCCGCUCACAGCCUCCUCAUCACCACCGAGGGGAAGCUUUGGAGCUGGGGACGCAAUGACAAAGGGCAGCUGGGCCAUGGAGACACCAGACGGGUGGAUGCCCCUAAGGCCAUUGAGGUGCUCAGCAAUGAAAUUGUUGUCUCAGCAGCCUGUGGGCGGAACCACACACUGGCCCUGACAGAGAGCGGUUCCGUGUUUGCCUUUGGAGAGAACAAGAUGGGGCAGAUGGGCCUUGGCAAUCAGACUGACGCAGUCCCCAGCCCUACACAGAUCAUGUACAAUGGCCAGCCAAUUACCAAGGUGGCAUGUGGAGCUGAAUUCAGCAUGGUGAUGGACUGCAAAGGGAACCUCUAUUCCUUUGGAUGCCCAGAGUAUGGACAGCUGGGGCACAACUCUGAUGGGAAGUUCAUCGCCCGAGCCCAGAGGAUAGAGUACGACUGUGAGCUGGUUCCCCGCCGAGUCGCCAUCUUCAUAGAAAAGACGAAGGAUGGCCAGAUCUUGCCCGUUCCAAACGUAGUUGUGAGAGACUUGGCCUGUGGGGCAAACCAUACGCUUGUCUUGGACUCGCAGAAACGCGUCUUCUCCUGGGGCUUUGGCGGCUACGGCCGACUAGGCCAUGCCGAGCAGCGAGACGAGAUGGUUCCCCGGUUAGUGAAGCUUUUUGACUUCCCAGGACGUGGGGCGGUGCAGAUCUACGCAGGUUAUACCUGCUCUUUUGCAGUCAGCGAAACGGGAGGCCUGUUUUUCUGGGGAGCCACAAACACCUCCCGGGAGUCAACGAUGUACCCCAAAACUGUGCAGGAUCUAUGUGGCUGGAAGAUUCGCAGCCUGGCUUGUGGGAAGAGCAGUAUUAUAGUGGCCGCAGAUGAGAGCACAAUCAGCUGGGGUCCCUCUCCCACCUUUGGAGAACUGGGCUACGGGGACCACAAGCCCAAAUCUUCCACGGCAGCUCAAGAAGUGAAGACGUUGGACGGGAUCUACACAGAACAGGUGGCCAUGGGCUACUCUCACUCCCUGGCGAUCGCCCGUGACGAGAGCGAUGCCGAGAAAGAGAAGCUGCAGAAGCUGCCAGAGUACAACCCGCGCACGCUCUGACACAGACGCAGGGCGCCCUCCUUCUCCCCACCGUCCCCUCGACAAGGCAGCUGCCGUUUCCGAUGUGCACUGGGACGCCAAGGCGUACGCGGAGAGAUUUUGGACGCCAGCGUGCGUUUUGUUAGACUACCCAAGUUUUCAGUUUUUAUAAGCAAUUUGAAGAUUUAACUGCUUGUUGCUAUGACUCUCUCUUCCCCCUCCCCUUUCCUUUCCCUAAGAUGGUCUGUGUUUGUUUGUGUGUUUAUUUCAUAUUUUGUUUUCUUGGGGGGAGCAGAAGAAAUCUGCUCGUUCUUUUGAGCUGCCAUUGCGGUGAAAAUUGGCAGGAUCGUUUGUCCAGUUCCACCCCACCCCUUCUUUUGUUUUUCCCCCCUCAGCCAAUUUUUGGUUAAGCAGCAGACCAGUCACCAGCCUUUUACGAAGGGUGAACCGUAACCUUCCUUCUCCCCCUGUCCUCCUUUCGUGUAACAACCACCAACCUGCGUUUUUGUUCCUAAGAACCCUUGAGGCCUCUGCUGUUAAGUGUCAUAGAUUCCCACAUGCACACACACGGUCUCUCCCAUGCUGCAGAUACCCAGGCGCCUGCUCAGCCUCCCGUAGCUCACAGUUUAAGGGGCCCUCUCAUCUUCCCCAAGUCCAUCGCGCCAUAAUUUUGUUGAGAAUGCCUGCUGAUUCCCUUUUUGAGGUUGGGUUUCCUCUUACUUUUUACCUUUCUGUUAUUUUUGUGCAUGGGGAACUGUUCCCUUCUGUCACACCCUUGCACGGUUAGAUAUUGUACUGGCCCCCACCUGCCAACCUCACAUGUGGGGAUUUCCCCUUGAGAAAGAGUAGGAAACAUUGCUCCCUGCAGACGUUGUGGGUCAUAGCUCCCAUCAGCCCUAGCCAGCAUGGCCAAUGGCCGGGGAUGAUGGGAGUUGUAGUUCAAAACAUCUGGAAGGCAUAGCAUUGAGGACUCCUGCCUCUGAGGGGGCUUGAGUUUAUUGUCUUGGGUGCAGGGAGGUAUCAAGUUGAAGGGUGAAGGGAGCCGCCUUCCUUUUUAUGGUGGGCAGGACUUAAGUCCUUAUUCAGGUUUUGGGUGGAAAGAUUUAUUUUUCUCUCCUGAGCCAUCACUGCUCCCUUUAUUUCUGUUCUGCCAACCAGAGUCCACUCAGCCCCACAGAUCCGUCCAGCAGAAUGGCCCGGGUUGUGUGUGUCCCCUUUGCCCAGAUCAGAGGGCCACAUAGACGCCUGGCCCCUCCUUCAGCUCCUUAAAAGCGGCCACCCACAAUUCCCAGUUUAAUUCUAGUUGGGGGCAGUGGUCACAAUUUAUUAAAUAAUAAUUAUCCCCAGUCUUCAGAGGGGGGGUAGGGCAAAAGAGCAUGUACAAUUCUGCCUCCAACCUGUAGGUGACAUGUUUCCAUCCCUCUGUUGCGAUUCCGUUCGUUGCUUCUGCUAUUCUGUGUUGUGUUGGAGAAAUGUGGUGCCUUUUUAAAAAAGAACACCCUGCUGUGUCUUGAUGCCGCCACCCCCUUCUAACAGAGUUCCCCUCACCCCUCUUUCUAAUACCUCCUUGCUAUCAGCUUUGAUUGGGGAGUCCCCAGAGGGCAGCAUGAUACAUUUACAGACCCAGAAUUAUUCUUGAAAGGGUUUGGGGUUCUUCUGGGGUGCUGGAUGGAAAAUAAUCUUGUAGUUUAAGAGUGAGCGGGGGGGGGAUGGGUGUAUAUUGCAUUAUAAUUUGUCUCUUUUUUUUAAAAAAAAAGUCUGGAUCAAAACUUUAGACCUGAACAGUUUUCUUGUCUGUGUUCUUGUUGCAAGUUCAGCCAAGUUCUCCUUCAUCCUCUCCCUUCCUGGAGUUUGGGGGGGAGGGCAGGACAACUUGAGAAGAACUGCAACGUUUGGGGAUUGUUUAUUUGCAAGGGUUGAGAUGGGGAAGGCCAUACGCCCCCACCCCCAAGAGUGUGGCAUUACUUGUGUUGCAUAAAAGGCAAUGGGUUGUACCCAGCUAAGUCAUACUCAGGGAGGACCCAUUGAGAUUAAUUAACCCAAGUCAGCCCUGCAUCUGCUCUGAGUAGGACUAGCAUUAGAUACAGGCCUGUGCCUCAGGCCCACUCCUACCCGGACAGCUCACUUGGUCGAGUGGCCCCUUUUGCAUUCCCUUUCCCUUCCGAGUCCUUCCUUCACUCUUCUCCCUCAGCAAGGAGAAAGAAGACUGCUGUGUUUAAAUCCGUUGGGAUGAGUUCCUAGCCUAGACCUGUAUGUCCCCUCAUUUUCUCUUUUUUAUAUAUAUAUAUUUCUCAAAAUAAAUGUUUAAAUAAAUGAUGGAAUUG